AAAGUGAAACAAGGGACGAUCCGCAACUUACGUUGUUGUUGAACGGGGCACGCCCCCUAGUUUGUCCCAACAUUGCACGCUUCGCACUCUUUCUUUCUCUUCUCUCUCUCUCUCUCUCUCUACAACUAUAACUACCAAUUUCUUCGAAAUGCUUUUCUUCGUCAGUUCCAAUGACACCCUCUAUCAGGUUGUAGCUGCUGGCUCAUUUGAUGAAGAAUUCUUGAUUAAAUAAUUUUCGUAGUUGUCAUUACUGAACUCAGAUGAAGACAGGCUCCAUGAUUUUUUCAUUGUUGCAAGUGCCUAGAUGCAGAAUACACAGCUUAGCUAAUUAUUGUGGUGGAACCUUCCACAGCUUCAAUAAGAUUUGUAGAAACAAUUCUAGUGUUAGGCUUUUUGGUUCUAGAAUUUAUGGGCUUCAGGGAGGGCACAGAAAGAAAUGGACUCGAAGACCUAUAAGUACAAAUACAGAAGGCACCGGGAGCACCAAAUCUCGAAGUACCAAGGAUGAAAUUUUGAGGGAAACAAUUUUAACAAAUGCUACAUUAAACGUAAAUAAAACACAGCUAGGUCAAUUCCAAGAAAUUCAGUACUGUGACAUAGAAGAGAUUGCUCAGAAUAAAGACUUGUCUAGCUUAGUCACUGUUAUUGUUUUCGAUAUUGAGACCACCGGGUUCAAAAGAGAGAAUGAACGGAUCGUUGAGAUUGCGCUUCGAGACCUUCACGGUGGUGAGAACAGCACUUUCCAAACUCUUGUAAACCCUCAACGAUAUGUUCCUAAUUCACAUAUUCAUGGCAUUACCACUCAGAUGGUCAACAGACCUGAUGUUCCAAGGAUGGAGGACCUGAUUCCUAUCUUGCUGCACUACGUUCGAAGCCGUGAGAAACCUGGUGGAUAUGUGUUAUGGGUUGCUCAUAAUGCUCGCUCUUUUGAUGUACCAUUCAUCAUUCAUGAGUUACGUCGUUGUUCUACAGAGGUUCCUCCUAAUUGGUUGUUUGUGGACACUCUUCCUUUAGCGCGUGAACUAAUGAAAUCUGGAGGAACAAAACUUUCUUCAAUAUCACUUGCUGCCCUUAGUGAGCUCUAUAAAAUUAAAGUGGAUGGAUCAGCUCACAGGGCCAUGGUAGAUGUGAACACAUUGUCCUUGAUUCUUCCCAAGUUGACCAUUGAUCUGAAAUUGACCCUAUCUUCCCUUGUCAAAAAAUCAUUCAGAGGAUCAGAUAUUAUCAACUCUAAGAGGAAGAAGAAUUCAAACUAGUUUUCUGACUGUAUUUUGCAUUGUUGUUGUAACCAAAAAAUGGACUCUGGAAAUUUGUAUUUGGGGUAAAGAAACAUUGUUUGUAAUUGUCAACCU